AUGACCAAAGUUCAGGCAAGCUCUUCCUACUCAUUUACAGUUGAACCUCCAAUGGCUCUGUUGAUCAACGGGCUUCGGUGCCGGCCACUGUACCGGAGGCGAGGCUUGAGGAGCUUGCUGACACAUGCACCAUCUAAGCACGCCCUCAAUCCAGCAAAAGACCACAUCACAAAAGCCUUGGAAGAAGCCCAGCCCCCUCCAAAUUUGUUAUCUUACCCCAAGCGAUGGUUUGCCAAAACUUUUACGGAGCCCACUAUGGUCCUAUUAUCGGGUUUAGGACUGCUAUACAACGGAAGUAUGCAGUCGCUGCAGCUUUGGGUUGACUAUCACCAGAAGGGGAAGCCUGUAAGAACGCGAAGCGAAAUACGCCAUGUACAGAGGAAUAAGCGAGAUCUAGCAAGAGUCUUCCCUGCGACCAUUUUUCUGGCCUUGCCAUUUGCCAUCCCUAUGUUACCUUUCGUAUUCCGCAAAGCGCCAUCGUUCCUCCCCAGUGUCUUUAUAACAGACGAGAUUCUGGCCAAGAAGAUGCAUGUGACUCAAACUAAACGUGCGGAACUCGCACCAAUCCUGUUGGCCUCAUUAGGUCAGGCAUUGGAGGCGCGAGCAAGCCGAGGGAACGCAAAGAAUUCAUCAGUAACGCAAGCGUUGGAACGAAGAUGGAAAAACAUGUUCAACAACAAUAGUCGCCCAUCGGAAGGAGAUCUAAUUGCGUUGCAACCUGUGAUACGUGACAACGUGAAUAUUCUCGAUCUGUCCAGCAGCCAGCUUCGCGUAAUGGGACAGUUUGUGGGCCUCGCAUUACCGUGGAUAGCAUCGCAGUCGAGGCUAUAUGGUUGGGUGGAUUGGAUUCUGAAGGACGAUGAGCUGUUGCGCCAACAAGGAGUUCAAGCUCUGACUGAAUACGAGUUGUUGGAAGCCCUGGAGGAACGAGGGUUUAUUAACAUCAGCGGCCAGAAAACCGGGCGACUAAGGACGAUGUUGGCAGAGCACUUGAGAUUUACCAAAACCGCUAGCGACGUGAUCUCUAGACGAAGCCGUGCUGCGUCGUCGCGAAACGAGCCUCAAUUAACCACCACUGGUCUCCCCUUGGAGGAGAUCGCAUCGAUGACUACUCUGAUUCUGACGGCUCGGGCCUUGGGUGUGCAUGAACGGUCGUAAGAAAAAUUGGCAACUUAUUUAUAGAUGGGCAAUAUUCAUUGUGUUUAUAUAUUAUUGUGUGCAAAUAAACGAUCGCACAAGUCUGAAAAUUCAUUGAGACAAUAACGACAAUAACAAUGGA